CGCCACCAUAGUCACAUACGCUGAAAACACUUUCAUCGCUUCUCGUGAUGAUUAAAAAAUCACCCAUCUAAUGCACAAAACUGUCAAAUCCUUACUGACUGCUACUUAGUAUAUUUAAGUACACAUUUUCAUUUUUCCUUUAGGAUUUUGUUUGAUAAAUCUUGGAACGUUGACCCUGUUAUAUUUUUCGAAAGUUUUUUGGUAAGCUAACCAUGCUUUUUAAAUGUAAUAACCAUUAAGUAAUAAAGGGCUGGGGGAUACUGUAUGUUUUGGAGGAUAUUCGAGUGUGUUUACAGAAGCUAGAAAAUUGAACACAUGUUCAGUUGUAUUUGUAACAUGUAAGAGUCACGUUAAAGAUAUUUUACGCUCAGUUAAACACAAAAGGACCCGCUGUGUCGAGUGACGUAUGAUAAAAGAGCAGGUAAAUGAAUUUUGUUUCGCAGAAUUCUAAAAAUAGUGUGAAUAGAUAACGGCAACUCAAACGAAAAACUGCUUUAGUUUUGGAGAGGUAUGUACGCAUUCCUCAAUGCCUCUUAUUGUGUGUUUAGAUUGAAAUUCAUGUUAAGUGUACUACACUAACAGAAUAAUUACCAUACCACCACACCGGAAAUAAAUGUUGACGUAUAAACGUUAAAAACCAGGUCUAUUGUUUUAGUUUCGCAGAAUUCUAAAAAUAGUGUCCAUAAUGGCAACUCAAACGGAAUGUUUCAAUUUGGGGGAGAUGAUCAGCCGUAUUGAAUUAGGAAAAAAGAUUCUUGAGGAAUUGCCGAAAUCACCUGAUGAAUGGAUAACAGUUCAAUCAUUGGAAGAUGUCAAACUUGGAAAUUUUGCAUGGAAAAGUCAACGAGAUUUUUUUAUGCGCAUUUUCCCACCAUUUGCGAAAUAUCAUUAUGAGACAGCAACUGAAAAGUUGGAAGAAUAUCUUCAAAGACGAAAUGAUGAUGUUAAGUUCGAAUUGAAAGAAAAACGUUCUAGCAUGUCAUUAUCUGCGACAGCCUACGCUAGCAAACUAGCAGGGACUCUUGAUUUAAUGAAGGGGAGGUUAAGAGGGGGCUAUCAAAACAGUUAUCAGGAAACGAUACCAGCUACAGAUUUUAUCAUCACCAGAAUCAAGAGAAGAGACCUAGAACAAAGUCUAAACUUAUGGAAACUUGACAUGACUUCAUCUUAUAUCAAUGUAAAGAAAAGAAAGAAUGAUAUCCCCUGCAUCAUAAGCGCAAUCGUUGAAGCCGCCACUCCUGAGGAUCAACCUGACACAAUGGCUUCUGUAGAAAAAAAGCGACGGAUUGAAGGAAACGUACAGUUGGAUUCACCUUCAGGGAUCUCGGAUGUAUUUGACUCUGUUAAGCCAAAGGGUAACAUUGUAAGCGAGACAUGUAAAAAGACUGAGGGAUAUAUAAAAGGACCUGUUCUCUACAAUGUGUUACCGCUUGAGAUAGACCCGACUGGUCACAUUGAAGCAAAGGAAGACUCUGAAGGGUUCUUAGAGGACACGGUUGUAGCUGACUCAGCAAGCGGAAACUUCUCUAGCAGUAUGUACUAUUUUAACAUGGUAGUUCGGCGUGAACUUUGUCCGCUAGUUAUCAUAUAUCGCGAAUAUAAGCAGUAGUUUUCGAAGAUAAUGUUCUUUUGUGAUGCAGUAUUUUCGAUAAUAGGUCGCAUUUCCAUAGUACUCAGCGUAGCCAAAAUAUGUUAUAUUUCAGGCAAUAUGUUAUAUUUGCAUUAAUAAGUAUUAAUUCCUGAAGCUUGCAGUAUCUCCAGUAGUAUGUAAUAUUUCUCGCAGAAUGUAAUAUUUGUCAUGUUUUUUUGUUUGUGUGUGAUAAACUAACAUGCUAGUCAGCCAUAUUUUGUAUUCUAACCAGAACGAGGCCGGAAGGCACAGAUAGUCGAUUAACUCAACUAUACGAUUUUUGUAAAUAGAAGAUAAUUCUAAGCAGAAUACCAAACUAUUGGUUUUAUAAUUUCCGGAAGCUUGCAGUAUUUAAGAUAAUAGGUUAUAUUUUCUGGCAGCAUGUAAUUUUGGCGCUGGUAAAAAUCGUUUCCGGCA